AUGAGCAAAAAUGAAAGCCUUCUCGAUGAAGAACCAACAUGGGAGAAACGAACGAAUUUGCAAUCCCUGUCGGCUUUUGAGAACUCGUUGCAGUGUCCGAUUUGUAAAGAGCUAUUGGACAAUCCAAAAUGUAUUCGAACGUGUUUGCACUUUUUUUGUGAUUUGUGUAUUUCAAGAGAAUUUUCAUUUCGGAAUCGAUGUCCAAUCUGCAAGGAAGAAUAUUCAAAAAGUGAUAUCAUCAAAGUACCAUUUGUGUCGGACAUGAUGAACCUAUACUCAAAUGCUAGGAAAGAUCUUAUUCAACAAUUAACAAACUCUCAAAAAGAACACGAUCGAUCAGAUUUAAAUGAUCGUCACUCCACAGCUUCAAUUUCGGAAAGCCAAGAAUCUUUCGAUUGGUCUUGCCAGAGAUCAAACCAUUCUUCUCCCUCCUCUUCUUCUUCUAAAAUUCCCUCAUUAUGUUAUUCCAUAUUGAAAAACAAUCAACUCAAAGAAUACCUUAAAAAAUUCAAUUUACCAACCCAUGGAACAAGAGAGCAAAUGAUUUGGAGAAUUAAGGAAUAUAUUUUACGACAUAAUUCGAAUAUUGACAGAGUUAAACCUUUUUCAGAAGAACAAAUAAUCUCCUCAAUAGUGAAAGAAGAAAGAGAGAGAGAACAGCUAAAAUCUAAAGGAACUGUCAAUUCCUUUUUCUCUAAAACUCCAAAGAAACAAGACAUCUCAAGUGCCUCUCCAUCAAGUUUUGACUAUUCGAAUUCUGAAAUCACAGAGAGUACUUUCAAUGAACCAAAGGUUUCGCGUUUAAACAAGUCUCUAAAAAUCUCUCCACACAAAGAUGAGACAAUCAAAGAUGACUCAGCCAAUUCCUCAUCAUUCACAGCAAUAGUUCUUUCUCCUGAAGAUUCUUCCAUUAUCAUAUUAACACCACCCUUUAAAAGAGAUGAAAACAGUGAUGAUGACGAUAAUGAACGAGAGAGCAGUUGUUCUUCAUCUCCUCAGAUUUGCAAGAGAAAACAAGCACCAAACAUUUCUAAUGAUACGCCCACAGAAUGGAAAAAGCGAUGUACAGUCAAAAUUCGACAUAAAAGCAACCACGUUCAGAAUUGA